AUGUCGAGCACGGCAUCAAUUGCGCAUGGGCCGGUAACGCUAUCCCGCCCAUCAACGUGGAAUUUCGACAUCGAUCGGUAUGUGAAUCCGUUCCUGCCGGCUCCACGAUGGCAUCUUUGGCCUAGGCCAGUGGCAUACAUGCUGGGACAUCGAGAGAGUCCGCCUAAGCCGAUGGGCAACGUCUUGAUUGCGUUGUGGUCGAUUGUGGGUGCGUUUUGCUCGGUAGCUUUGGUGGCAUCAGUCUCACAACGAGUGCCGUCUUUUGAAGCCCGGGGUGCGCCGGCAAUUAUUGGAAGCUUUGGUGCAGCGGCAGCUAUCGAAUUCGGUGCGAUUGAUUCACCCUUUGCGCAACCGCGCAAUGCGAUCUUCAGCCAGGUCAUUGCUUGCUUCAUUGGCAUCAGUAUCUCAAAGCUGUUUGCCUUGAACCCUCAUGCCGAAGCGUAUACUGAGCUUGGCGGUGCUCUUGCUUGCGCUCUCACAACGGCUGUCAUGAUCCUUACCAGUACUAUGCAUCCACCGGCGGGUGCGACUGCUCUGUUGGCAGUGACACAUCCUCAGACGGUUGCUCUGGGUUGGUUUCUGUUCCCAGUGAUGUUGCUUGGAGUUGUGCUCAUGCAGGCUGUCGCGGUGUUGGUCAAUAAUGUGCAGCGUCGGUAUCCUCUGUACUGGUGGACUUCACAUCCACUGUCAUUGCCUGGAGCGGACAUUGAAAAGGCCAGUCAUAUGGGGUUCCCUAGUGUGCCAAGUCAUUAUGAGGAUAGUUUGACGGAUGUCCCUCGGCAACUGAUUGUAGAGCGCGGUUGCAUUUCACUUCCUGCAGGGGUAGAUGUUACUUCUGAGGAGAGAGAAGUCCUAGAUAGGAUCAGCGAGAGAAUUUGA